ACAAAAUCUGGUCGCUGGAUCCGAAAAAUAUUUUCGAUGAAUUUGAAAACAUUGGAUGUUUCCGAAAUCAUCGAGAAUGUUUGCGAUAUUGGAAAAAAUGUUUUCGAUAUUGAAGCAAAAAGUUUGCAAAAUCGAAAACACCAUGUUAGCGGCGCAUUUUUUUGCCCGGUCCGCCGCAGCCAAUGCGUUACGCUGUCAGGAUCAGCUGUUCGCAUCUUUCGCAAGUAGUAAACAAACAGCAAACCUAACCUAUUUUUAUUUUGUUCAUUUCGUUGAGUACCGUUUAUUUUUUUUAGAAAUAAGUGUUCCGGUCAUGUUUCAACAGUUGUACGGUUGGCACGGUGGUCUGCAAGUUUUAAUAGUCCGGGAAAGAACUGCUGAGCUCGACAUUCGAUCGAGCAUGAAACGAAAAUGCGGAGCACACGGACCGGUCUACGUUCUUGCUGUGCAAAAGAUUUGACCAGACCCAGGAACCGAAACCCCGGAGGUCCGCCACUAAAAAAUGGGCUCAAGUAGCCCAUGAAUUCCAGCCUCUCAUCGGUGUGGAUAGAUCUCGGUUAAACAAGAAUACACCGCUGGAUGGAACCUGCUCCACCAGGUCCAACUGCUGCUGAGUGGCGUUUUUCUUUUCAAGGAUCAAAAACCCACGAUUCUGCGCCGGAAACAGUUCCGAAACGGACAAAUCUUCAAGGAUUUGGUUCUUGCGGUGGUGCCGGUGCUGGCCGCGGAGAACGCGGACGGAGCCGUGGUCGUGGCGGCAAGGAAGACUCCAAGGAAUGGGUUCCAGUGACCAAGCUGGGUCGCCUGGUGCGCGAUGGUAAGAUCCGCGCCCUGGAGGAGGUCUACCUGUACUCGCUCCCGAUCAUGAGCCGCUCGCUCAAGUACGAAGUGUUGUAGAUCAUGCCCGGCCAAAAGCAGACUCGUGCCGGCCAGCGUACCCGUUUCAAGACGUUCGUCGCCAUCGGUGACUCCAACGGCCACAUCUGUCUCGGCGUCAAGUACAGCAAGGAAGUGGCCACCGCCAUCCGCAGUGCCAUUAUCCUGGCCAAGCUGUCGGUCGUGCCGGUUCGCCGUGGUUACUGGGGUAACAAGAUCGGCAAGCCCCACACCGUGCCCUGCAAGGUCUUUGCCGGCGGAACUUGCCACCCCAUCUAUGCAUUUCCGACGAUGAUUGACACGGAUGUCCGGUAUCUUUGUGCCUCGCUAAGCAAUUCGAGCUUGACCGGAGCAUCGUUGGUGGAGGACCACGGCCAUACGACUUCAACAAUAUUACCCAUUGCGUACGCCACAGCACCGACGACAACCUAUGGCUCGCGACUGCAGCCUGAGUUUGGCAAACGCCUUCACAGAUCCGACUGCUAGCGGAUAUUCUGAGGACUUGUUCCAGGCGGGCGGUUUUCAAUCGGAGGACACUCUGCUCAAGUCGAUCCUUGAGGUGUAGGAAGGAAUUGGAAUCGUGAUCGUCAUUUUGGCGCCUUUGUUGCCCUCGUGUGGCGCCAGAUGCUCCAGAGUCACUCGGGCUCCGCCAUGAACCUGAGUCCGCACUAAGGCCGUUCCCGAAGGCACGAAAAGGGAAAGAGCAACAACCUCCAUGACGAGGAGAACUUCUGAUGGUACGCGAAUCCGCUCAAGGGACGUGCCAGAUCAACCACCCGUGCACGCUGCACCUGUCUCAGCACCUCCUCCGGAUCGGCUUGCCGCCGACGUCACCGAGCACGAGAAGGACCUGAAGAAUCGUCACCGAAAACAUCGCCGUCGCGGUGACGGUUCCGGCCACAAAGACUUUAGCAAGUGCAUGGCGUAUUUUUUACCAAGCAAAAGCAAAACACAACUAAUAGAAUCAAAAUUUCGUAGUAAACAACUCACGUAAUUGCUCUGAUUCGGUUUUGUACUAUGAAUAAAUGAAUAUAAAUAAUAAACUUCUUCUUCUUCUUAUUUCCACCAAAAAAAUC